GAAACCCGUCUUUGGCAGAGAGCCCGAAACCCAAAGCGGCAGGAAGCAUCAAUCACUCCAUUCCGGUAAAAGUGUGUUCCAUUAGCACGGGUUUGUCCUUUUCUGUGUGAUUUGUUCGAUUCCGCGACUAGGGUUGAGUUACAGUAUUGUCACGGUACGUGAAUUUCGUGAAGAUUGCCAGUCCCAGUCACGAUGUAGGAACCGUCACGAACGGGUGCCGAGAGUAUGUGACACUGAAGAUCGUCCCGCAGGAAGAUCACCCAAUUCGCUGGCUCGAAAUCAACAGUUUGCUAGUGUUCAGUGGUUCCCGACGCAGCCUUUGGGGUGCAUUUAUAAUGCGAUAGUGCUUUAGCGAUACCUCAUUAUACAAAAACAACACACACGCACACACAACGGGCGUCAUCGCGCCAUGCCCCACUGCCGGUGGCAAGUGAUUCCGAGUCUGUCCCCGCUGCUGCUGCUGCCCUCCGCCCGCUAGCCCCUCGGAUCGCUGUGGCAAAGGGGUGUUGGAUGUGAAGUGAAAAGUGAAAACAACGGAGCGGCAAACACACAACACGGGAACCAAACAGUACCGCUUUCGGAUCGCGCAGGGAAAUUUCGUACGAAAAUCUCUGCCCUUUUAUUAAUAUCGCCACCACCACCACCAUCAGCAUCGGUGCGGGACACCGGCCGUCAGAUGCUCCCCUGGACCAACCCAAUUUCCUUGCGGCAAGCCAGCGGGCACCGGAGCGCAACGGAAUAGAGGCCGCAAACGCCUUUGCUCGCAUUUUUAGGCAAUAGAAAACUCUUUCGCCUUGCAAGAGGAGAGAGAAAGAAAGAAAGAAAGAAAGAGAGAGAGAGCAAACUAAAUUAAAAACCCUUUUGGAAAAGCAGUCCCAGUAGUCUGCUGCGAUCAAGGUAGCGUUUUUCGCGAAAUCGAACCUCCGAACGAGAUCCAAGCAACACAGCGGCGGCCGUAGUUUAUGGUACUGCGGGGUACACCAGAUUUGCCUGCCGCUUACAAACAUUCCUGGCACGAUGGACGUCCUGCCGAAAGCUGAAGUGAGCGCGGUCGUCGAGUUUGACUACACGGCCAAGGAGCCGGACGAGCUGACGCUGAAGAAAGGUGCCAUCAUCACGAACAUCAAAGUGCAGGACGGUGGCUGGUGGGAGGGGACACUGAUCAGCACCGGCCGUACCGGUGUGUUUCCGGACAAUUUCGUCCGCGUGCUCGAACAGCAGCAGCCGCCGCCUGCGCUGGUGGUAGAGGACAAGAACGAUGUCGUGCUAAGGGACAAGGGUGCGACGAUCAACCGGCGGUGCCGGGUAAUAUUCAGCUACCGAGAGAACAAACCGGACGAACUGACGUUGGCCGAAGGUGACGUGAUAGAGUUUUACGAAGCCGUCGAGGAAGGAUGGUGGCGGGGCAAGUUGAACGGACGCGUCGGUGUGUUUCCGUCCAAUUUUGUCGAAAUGAUAGAAUCCGUGUCACCGAAGUCGUCGAGCCGCAAGAGCGGUGGCGUCACGAUGAUUGACGGCGGUGGUGGACCAACGGCACUCGGUGUGUCGGUGAGCCUGUCGAAGAACAACAGCCUCAACAAGAGUCGCACGAGCCUCAACAGUAGCUCCCGGGAGGACCUGGACCGGCACGAUGCCCCGUCGCUGCCACCGAAACCGGUGCGCGAGAUGUGCAAGGUGUUGUACGCCUACCAGCCGGCCAACGAGGACGAACUGAAGCUGGUCGAGGGUGACAUCAUCACGAUCCUCACCAAGGAGCUGCCGGACAAGGGCUGGUGGAAGGGCGAGCUGCGCGGUCGGGUUGGUGUGUUUCCGGACAACUUCGUGGCCCUGCUGGCCCCCGAAGGCCACAAGACCGCGCCCACCGUGUCGGCUUCGGUUCGUACCGGUGGCGUGACGGCAUUCAAUCCGGUCAGCGGCGUGGUGUCGAUGGUCAAGGAACCGACCGGACACGGUGGCCAGAGCAUAAAGCCGGACCGACCACCACCCGCCAGCAAGAUGCACAUGUUCACCAAGCAGAACUCAAACACACCCAGCUCCACCACGGUCAAUGCCUUCCGGAAGGAGAGCUUCGGUUCGAAGGAUUCGUUGAACGAAUCGACCGGUGGCGGCGGUGGUUCCCCCUCUGUAACCGGUUCACCAACGUACGGGAGCGUGGCGGCGCACCGGAAGUCGCUGGAAAGCAAAGCGUCGUCCGCCGAGAGCACCGGUGGGGCACCGUCGUCGGGCGCGUUGACGGAGAAGCCGCCCCGGAAGAGCCUCGAAAACAAAUCGGCCAUCGCCUCCGAGAUACGCAAAAGUCUCGAGAACUUGGACAGCGACAAAAAGUCCACCCCGCCACCGGUGCUGGGCAAGAAGCCGCAGGUACCGAUCAAAAAGUCCCCGUCGAUCACGAGCGUCACCGGGAACCUGUUUUCGGGGCUCAAGCAGAAGGUGAAGGGAAGCGGCGGAUCACCGGCGGCGACGGACAAAGGGGACGAGCGCGAUGGUGGUGGCAUGAGCCGAGCACGGUCGGAGGUGGCCGACAACGGUGAUCGCUCCGUGACCGGCGAGCGGAUCAUGGACCUGGAGCUGGGACACGUCGAGCGGGGCACCUCGGUGCUGAAGGACAUGCGGGCGAAUCGGGCAAAGGCACCGAAGCGAAGACCCCCGUCAUCACCGAGCAGUAUUAUAGGCGAUUCGAGUGCCUCAUCCGCGCCCGGCAGCAUCGUCACCACCAACGGCGGCAACCUUAGCAACGGUGGCACUUCCGGGGGCCUGUUUACGCAACUGUCACUCGAACCGGAAAGUCCCAAACCGGGAGUGCUUCUGCCGGACGUCACGAAUUCGCACGCGAUGCCCGCCGCCGAUGCCGGUGAGGAGGUCGCGGCCAAAGCGACGGCUCGGCCGCGUGAGUGGGAAAAGAACAAAGUGCCGUGGAUGGACGAGCUGAAGGCAAGCCAGGCCAAGAAAACGACGGCCAGCGGCGGCCCGGCACUGGAAAGCAAAUCUCCCGAGCAUCAUGGCACGACGGUCACCAAUCACCACAGCACCGUCAGCAGCAGUAGCAGCGGCCACUUCCACCAUCAGGAAGAGUCGAACGCUAUUUCCAAAUCGUUCCACGCGAGCUCCACCACAACGUCGUCCUCGGCCGGGGCGGGCAAUGUGUCCCGCGCUCGGCUGAUGGAACGUUCGGCCACGACCACGGGUGUGCCGGCGGAGAGCAAUCACCACAACAGCACCAUCACCUCCAGUAACACCGCGAGCGCCGUUAACAGCAACAGUAGUUCCUUCGAUCUUAUUGCUUCGUGCAAUCGGAAGGAACCGGCCACGGCCGGUGCCGGGCUCGGGCUCGGGGCACCCGGUGAACCAAAGCUGGCCACUGGUGCGAUGACGAAAUCGAUGUCCGCCCUAUCGUCAGCGGUCAGCAGCACCACCACCACAACCAAAAUUGCCAUUUCGUCGUCCGCGGUAUCGUCGUCGGAGCACACCAGCAACAACGGUGUCCCGGCGGAUGCGGCGACGACGACGACAACGGGCACCGGGGCCAACACGACCACCACCACCAAUCGGCCCGUAAGUGUGAACCUACGCAACAGUAGCCUGUCGCCGACACCACAGAACCGUAACGCCAAAACGAUCCACAUCGUCGCAAGCAAACCGCCGGCCCCGUCCUCCACGGCCGCCGCCGUGGUCACGUCAACCGAUGCGCUACCAACGGGACCCGCUGUCUCGGCGGACAAUGUGUGCGGUCGGGUGCACGAUCUCGAGCAGAAGGUGCACCGAAUGGAACGCCAGCUGGUGACCCAAAGCGGACUGAUCGACGAGUUGACGCAGCUGCUCCGGGACGAGACGGACAAGGUGCGGACGUUGCAGAAGGAGCUAGAAAAGUACGCGCAGUGCGUCACACAAGUAUGAUAAAACGGUCGCGAUCGGUCGAUCCGCGCGCGACGAUCGCUGGCGUCGAUCGGGCGGGGUACAGUUCGUGUAUAGAGCGGCUAGCGCGCCGUCAUUAGGCAAGAACAUUAGCGUGUAACGUGUGACCAGGGAGCAACCCCGUAGUCCGAUGGCACAAACAUAGCCCGGAGCAAUGAAUGUGGUUCUAGAUUGAGUGUAGAUUAUCCGGCAUGAGGAAUUGAUGGCCAACACGGCGCGCCGUGGUACAUUAAAGUUAUGUACACGAACCAGUGCAGAUUAUUGGCAGAUGGUCCACUUCUGCCGGAGCCGGAGCCGCAGCCGGAAGUCUGCUUGUUGCUCCUUAUCGUCGUGAUUUCUUUGCAUUCUAUUACGCUAUUCUAAGGAAAAUCGAUUUGUGUACAGUUUCGAAAUAUUCACCACACACUCGGACGCGACGGCAAACUGGAGAAAAAAAAACGGUAAACACUGUUUCCUACUUAUCAUUCCUAGUUCUCUUCUUCAGCCCACUUUGGGGAAAGCGCAAAAGUAUUCACACCGGCGACCGGCGCGAGAACUCGUACGCCCGUAGAAAGGGUCCUACUCAACUAUUGUGUGCAGAUUUUAGUGGGCCCCGGAACGAGUGAGUGCCUCGCAGAACGUGUCAGCGGAACUAUCGGCACUUUGGCCAUAUAUCGCUCGGAGAGUGAAGGGGGCCGUUCCACUCGACCCGUUCGCUGCUGCUGCUGCCGUUCCCUUUCUUCGACAAUUGAUUUCCUGUAACGUAUAUAUCUUAUGCAUUCCGCGCUUGGGCUGGGGGACGGCCAGCGGCGAGCAUUCCGUGAUAAAACAGGGCCACGACGCGGAAUAGGACGACGGGGCACAACAAGAAACACUGCGGGACCGAAAUGGGAAGAGCGCGAACAUGAUAGAAAUAAACGUCGAUACUGUUAGGUCGUACUUAAGCGGAACCGUAACGCAAGCUAACAAAGAGUCAAGACAACAAAAAUCACGCGCCGUAAAUUAGAAUAAACAAUAACAACAAUGACACACAAGGACCCUUUUGGGUCCACCCGAAACACCCGAAAACGGCCCGAAACCUGUCCGGCCAGUGGAGAGAGAAACACGAGUAUUAUGCGGUGGUGGUAGUCGGCUUCGGCGGGGGGAUCGGGGCGAAGAGCGCACCCGCCCCGAUUGCGCGAUUCUUUGCAGGCCAACACGCAGCAGCACCGAUGCGUGACGCGUUUUUGACCGAUUUGCGCUUGUUUGUAGUUUUAUUUUCAGAAGUUAGCGAAAAAAGUAUAAUGUCGAUAAACUUUACACUAAAUGGAGUCCAAUAAAUUGGAGGCA